AUGGGGCAGCUUUUGGCCAAUUGGUGGGGACCACUGGAUACCUUUCCUUUGGCUUUAAAUGGGGAGCUAACGGUGAAUGAGAUAGAGACACCCUCUGUGCAGCAGCAGCUAAAUGAGUUGACUGCGUUUGUUAGGCAACAGGCUGUGAGAAAUGCAUCACAAGCCAGGGUAUGCGGGAUUUGCACUGGCAUAGGUCACUCUGCAGACAUGUGCCCAAUGAUUCAGGAAGAAACUGCGGAACAGGUGAACAUGGCUGACCACGCGCCCGCGCCAAGGAAGCAGUACGACCCUUACUCAAGCACCUACAACCCUGGGUGGAGAGAUCAUCCCAACCUCAGUUAUGGAGGGAAUAGGCAAUCCAACUUCACGCCGAACAGGCAGUCUAACUUUGUGCCGAAUAAGCCACCAGGGUACCAGCAGCAAUACCAACCCCGACCACCUCCGCCCCCUCAAUCCGGUUCAUCUAUGGAGGAGAUGAUGAAACAAAUGAUGACAACCAUGGCGCAAAAUCAGCAAAGGACAGAGGCAACUAUUAUGCAAAAUCAGCAAAGGACGGAGGCAACCAUUAUGCAACAUCAGCAAAGGACGGACUCCGAAAUGCAGGACAUAAGGAAUCAGAUAAGUCAACUGGCCACAACAAUCAACCGCUUGGAUGCCCAAAAUCAAGGUAAAUUGCCAUCUCAACCUGAGUUGAACCCGAAGAAUGUGAGCGCCAUGACCUUGAGGAGUGGCAAGGAAGUUCAAGGGCCUGAGCCUGUGAUCCCCAAGGACAAGGAUGAAGAGAAGAUCGAAAGUGAGCUCGAAAGGGAGGACAGCAAUGGUGCAGAUCCACAGGUACUUCCUAACCCAACAAUUACAGUUAGGACUAACCCGCCUCCUUUUCCUAGCAGGUUGGAAAAAUCAAAGAAGCAGGAUAAGGAGAGGGAAAUCUUGGAGGUUUUUCGCAAGGUUGAGAUAAAUAUCCCCCUCUUAGACGCCAUCAAACAAGUACCAAAAUAUGCCAAGUUCCUAAGGGACUUGUGUGUCAACCGAAGGCGAUUGAGAGGGGAUGAACGGGUUAUUGUUGGGGAGAAUGUGUCAGCGGUCCUGCAGAGAAAGCUCCCACCAAAGUGCGGGGACCCAGGUAUGUUUACUAUUCCCUGUAGGAUAGGUAAUACUGUGAUCAGAAGGGCCAUGUUGGAUCUGGGAGCAUCAAUUAAUGUCAUGCCUAAGUCUAUCUAUGCUUCUCUAAAAUUAGGUCCAUUAAAAGAAACUGGAAUUAUCAUUCAAUUAGCUGACCGAACUAAUGCAUAUCCUGAUGGGUUGGUUGAAGAUGUAUUGGUAAAAGUUAAUGAUUUGGUGUUUCCAGCUGAUUUUUAUGUACUGGAUAUGGAUGAUGAUCACUCCCCUGAUCCCUCACCUUUGUUAUUGGGUAGACCUUUUAUGAGCACUGCACAGACGAAAAUUGAUGUUAAUAAGGUGCAGGAAGUGUUUGAAACUGAUGGCAGGGAUGAGUUGGAGGUGGCUUUAACAAAGCACCUCGAGUUGGAGACAACUCCUCAGGUGGAGUGGAGUGAGGAUCUAAAAUGCACAAUAGGUGCACUACACUCAUUGCAAACCACCACGAAAAGGUAUGAAGUCUUACCUAUUUUUACUCCCGAGCCUCACCAGAGGGUAUUGCCAUCUGUGGUGCAGGCACCUGUACUGGAGUUGAAACCUCUACCAGAGCACCUGAAAUAUGCAUAUCUAGGUGAUAAUGAGACACUCCCGGUGAUUAUCUCAUCGGCACUGUCAAAAAUCCAGGAAGAGAAACUGAUCCGAGUCCUUCGGGAGCAUAAAGAGGCGAUAGGCUGGACAAUCGCAGACAUUAAGGGGAUCAGCCCGGCCAUCUGUAUGCACCGGAUUAGGCUAGAAGACGAUGCCAGACCUGUUAGGCAGGCUCAAAGAAGGCUCAAUCCCCUCAUGAUGGAAGUUGUAAAGAAAGAGAUUCUAAAAUUGCUAGAGGUGGGGAUCAUCUUUGCAAUAUCUGAUAGCCCUUGGGUGAGUCCGAUCCAGGUAGUCCCAAAGAAAGCAGGAGUGACGGUAGAGGCCAACCAAACGGGUGAGCUCGUGCCAGUGCGCAAACCCACUGGAUGGAGGCAAUGUAUAGACUACCGUAGGCUGAACGCCGUCACCAAAAAGGACCAUUUCCCUCUCCCUUUCAUUGAUCAGAUGGUUGAACGUUUAGCUGAUAACCUGAAAUUAAUCCUGAUAAGGUGUAUAGAGACUAAUCUUGUGCUUAAUUGGGAAAAAUGUCAUUUUAUGGUUGAGCACGGGAUAGUCCUGGGUCAUAUUGUAUCGUCUAAGGGCAUAGAAGUUGACAAGGCUAAAAUAGACAUUAUUUCUGCAUUACCUUACCCCGCGAGUGUGCGGGAGGUGCGUUCUUUUCUUGGACAUGCAGGUUUUUAUCGAAGGUUCAUCAGGGACUUUUCAAAAAUUGGAGCCCCGUUGUUUCAGCUCCUACAAAAGGAUGUGACCUUCGAAUUCAAUGAUAAGUGUGAGGAAGCCUUCAACAAAUUAAAAGAAUUGUUGACUUCACCCCCAAUCAUCCAGCCCCCUGACUGGAAUCUACCAUUUGAGAUUAUGUGCGAUGCCAGUGAUCAUGCCGUAGGGGCUGUAUUGGGUCAAAGAGUAGGGAAGGCAGCUCAUGUCAUCUAUUACGCAUCCCGGGCCUUGAAUGGAGCCCAGUUGAAUUAUUCCACCACUGAGAAGGAGCUUCUUGCAGUUAUUUUUGCUUUGGAAAAAUUUAGGUCAUAUUUGCUAGGUGCUAAAGUAAUUGUAUUUUCUGACCAUGCAGCGUUAAGGUACCUAAUGACCAAGAAAGAUGCAAAGCCGAGACUCAUCAGGUGGAUAUUGCUACUACAGGAAUUUGACCUGGAGAUAAGGGACAAGAAAGGCUCGGAAAAUCUAGUAGCAGACCAUUUAAGUCGCAUACCAAUUGGGGAGGAUAAUGAGCCAUUGAAGGAUGCAUUCCCUGAAGAGCAUUUAUUUUCCUUAAAUUCUCAAUUGCCUUGGUAUGCUGAUUUGGUCAAUUAUCUAGUAACGGGUGAUUUUCCUGCAGGUUGGCCAAAAGCGAAGAAGGAUAAAUUGAAGAGUGACGCCAAGUACUUCAUCUGGGACGACCCGUACCUAUGGAAGAGAUGUGCAGACCAAAUAAUGAGGAGAUGUGUAAGUGAAUCAUGUGAUCGCUGUCAAAGGGUAGGUAAUAUAGCCCGUAAAGAUCAUAUGCCCCAAGUCCCGAUGAUUUUUGUAGAAAUUUUUGAUGUCUGGGGUAUAGAUUUCAUGGGGCCUUUUCCUACUUCAUUUGGUUUUCUGUAUAUUUUGCUGGCAGUUGAUUAUGUGUCUAAAUGGGUGGAGGCUAAGGCCACUCGAACUAAUGACUCGAAAGUGGUUACAGAUUUUAUCAGAUCUAAUAUUUUUGUGCGAUUUGGAAUGCCAAGAGCUAUUGUCAGUGAUAGGGGAACGCACUUCUGCAACAAAACCAUAGCUGCCUUAUUUCGCAAGUAUGGUGUACUCCACAGAGUCUCGACGUCGUAUCACCCCCAGACCAAUGGUCAAGCGGAGGUGUCGAAUCGGGAGAUAAAGUCCAUCUUGGAGAAAAUGGUGCGCCCCGAUAGAAAAGAUUGGAGUCAACGGUUGGAAGAUGCACUCUGGGCCUAUCGGACGGCAUACAAGACACCUAUAGGGAUGUCUCCUUAUAGGCUGGUAUUUGGUAAGCCGUGUCAUCUUCCAGUAGAGUUCGAGCAUAAAGCAUUUUGGGCGGUUAAGCAAUGCAAUAUGGAUAUUGAGGAGGGCGGAAUCCAAAGGAAGUUACAAUUACAGGAGUUGGAGGAGAUUCGCAAUGAAGCUUAUGAGAAUGCGGUAAUUUAUAAGGAGAAAAAUAAAAUUUUUCAUGACCAACAGAUCUCAAGGAAGACAUUCGAGUCUGGCCGUGUCUAUUAUUGUUUUCUUGAUGGUUUCUCUGGUUAUUUUCAGAUUGCAAUAGCACCAGAGGAUCAGGAGAAAACUACCUUCACCUGCCCCUUCGGUACAUUUGCAUAUCGGAGGAUGCCUUUCGGCCUCUGCAACGCCCCAGCAACUUUUCAGAGGUGUAUGGUAAGUAUAUUCUCUGAGUAUGUAGAAAAGAUUAUUGAGGUGUUUAUGGAUGAUUUUAGUGUGUAUGGGGAUAGCUUUGAUGAAUGCCUUGAUAAUUUAGCUUUAAUUUUGAAAAGAUGCAUUGAGACAAAUUUGGUUCUGAAUUGGGAGAAAUGUCAUUUCAUGGUGGAUCAUGGUAUUGUUCUAGGGCAUGUAGUGUCGGCCAGAGGUAUAGAGGUAGACAAGGCAAAAGUCGAUAUUAUUUCUGCUCUGCCUUACCCCGCAAGUGUGCGGGAGGUGCGCUCCUUUUUGGGUCAUGCAGGUUUCUACAGGAGAUUCAUCAAAGAUUUCUCGAAAAUUGGAUCGGCCCUGUUCAAGCUAUUGCAGAAGGACGUGGCAUUCGACUUCACCGAAGAGUGCAAGGUGGCAUUUGACAGGUUGAGGGACUCGUUGACGUCACCACCGGUUAUCCAACCUCCAGACUGGAAUCUCCCAUUUGAGAUAAUGUGUGACGCGAGUGAUUAUGCAGUGGGAGCGGUGCUGGGGCAACGGAUUGGCAGAGCUGCUCAUGCAAUUUACUAUGCAUCGAAGGCGGCUUAUUAUUGUUUUUUGGAUGGAUUUUCAGGAUACUUUCAGAUAGCAAUUGCCCCGGAGGAUCAAGAGAAGACAACCUUCACGUGCCCAUUCGGGACCUUUGCCUACAGACGAAUGCCAUUUGGGUUGUGCAAUGCACCUGCGACUUUCCAAAGAUGUAUGGUAAGCAUCUUUUCUGAGUAUGUUGAGAAAAUAAUAGAAGUUUUCAUGGAUGAUUUCAGUGUGUAUGGUGAUAGCUUUGAUACGUGUCUAGAUAACCUGAAAUUGAUCCUGAUAAGGUGUUUAGAGACUAAUCUCGUGCUUAAUUGGGAAAAAUGUCAUUUUAUGGUUGAACACGGGAUAGUCCUGGGUCAUAUUGUAUCGUCUAAGGACAUUGAGGUUGACAAGGCUAAAAUAGACAUUAUUUCUGCAUUACCUUACCCCGCGAGUGUGCGGGAGGUGCGUUCUUUUCUUGGACAUGCAGGUUUUUAUCGAAGGUUCAUCAGGGACUUUUCAAAAAUUGGAGCCCCGUUGUUUCAGCUCCUACAAAAGGAUGUGACCUUCGAAUUCAAUGAUAAGUGUGAGGAAGCCUUCAACAAGUUAAAAGAAUUGUUGACUUCACCCCCAAUCAUCCAACCCCCUGACUGGAAUCUACCAUUCGAGAUUAUGUGCGAUGCCAGUGAUCAUGCCGUAGGGGCUGUAUUGGGGCAAAGAGUAGGGAAGGCAGCUCACGUCAUAUACUAUGCAUCCCGAGCAUUGAAUGGAGCCCAGUUGAAUUACUCCACCACUGAGAAGGAGCUUCUUGCAGUUAUUUUUGCUUUAGAAAAAUUCAGGUCGUAUUUAUUAGGUGCUAAAGUAAUUGUAUUUUCUGACCAUGCAGCAUUAAGGUACCUAAUGACCAAGAAAGAUGCAAAGCCGAGGCUCAUCAGGUGGAUAUUGCUACUACAGGAAUUUGACAUGGAGAUAAGAGACAAAAAAGGCUCAGAAAAUCUAGUAGCAGACCAUUUAAGUCGCAUACCAAUUGGGGAGGAUAAUGAGCCGUUGAGGGAUGCAUUCCCUGAAGAACAUUUAUUUUCCUUAAAUUCUCAAUUGCCUUGGUAUGCCGAUCUAGUCAAUUAUUUGGUAACUGGUAAUUUUCCUGCAGUUGAUUAUGUGUCUAAAUGGGUGGCGGCAAAGGCCACUCGAACUAAUGACUCGAAAGUAGUUGCAAAUUUUAUCAGGUCUAAUAUUUUUGUGCGAUUUGGAAUGCCUAGAGCUAUUGUCAGUGAUAGGGGAACGCAUUUUUGCAACAAAACCAUAGCUGCGUUGUUCCGCAAGUAUGGUGUACUCCACAGGGUCUCAACGUCAUACCACCCUCAGACCAAUGGUCAAGCGGAGGUGUCGAAUCGGGAGAUUAAAUCCAUUUUAGAGAAAAUGGUGCGCCCUGAUAGGAAAGAUUGGAGCCAAAGGUUGGAGGACGCACUCUGGGCCUAUCGGACGGCGUACAAGACUCCUAUAGGGAUGUCACCGUACAGGUUGGUAUUUGGGAAGCCGUGUCACCUUCCAGUGGAGUUUGAGCACAAGGCUUUUUGGGCAAUAAAGCAAUGCAAUAUGAAUUUAGAGGAGGCCGGUGCUAAACGGAAGUUGGAUUUGCAAGAGUUGGAGGAGAUUCGGAACGAAGCAUACGAACACGCCUUGAUUUAUAAGGAGAAAAACCGGGCAUUUCAUGACCAACAAAUUUCAAGAAAAACAUUUGAAGUUGGUCAGAAGGUCCUUCUGUACCAAUCCAGGCUCAAGUUAUUCCCAGUUGAAAUCCAGAGUGCUAAGACAGACAACAAAUUUGUGGUGAAUGGACACCGUCUCAAGUAUUAUUACGAAGGAUUUUCAGGUGGAGAGGGGGAGACAAUAAGGCUAGACGCACCACCGUAUUCUAAUCAAUGA